UUACAUUAUUUCUAAUAUGUGAUUGGCGGGUGCAUGUGCAAAGGCGUGACGACUGCUCGUUGGGGCUUGCGAUUGGAUGGUAUACAGGAAGAAUAAUGUAAAAUAAUUUUACCCGGAAAGACUGUUCAAUGUCACAUGGAAAUAGAUAAAGCUAAGUUUUAAAAAUAUAGAAUAUGAACUUAGCUCACGUAAAAAGUUGGAUACAGAGCAAAUACACGUACUUAUACUGGGUAUGAUCAACACGUUUUUAACUUGGAUAACUUAAGCAAGUCAUCUCGUGUAGAUAUUCACCCCUAGCGAGGUAACAGACCAUCUGUUUCUUGAAUGAAAUCGCUGAAUCCAUCUCGUUUGACUCUGCACUACAGUGUGUUAGGUAUUCUUACAGGCACAAUGAAGCUAGCAAAUAUUUCAUUUAUAAGAAAUUUUACGGGGUCAUUUUAUGGCUCUGUUUUACGAUUCCAAAACUGUGAUACAGAAUACUUAAGACUCUCGCGGCGACUCAUGUGCAAGUAUAGGAAAGAGGCGCUGUACUACGUUACUACUCCAAUAUUCUACGUGAAUGCUGCUCCCCACAUUGGACACCUGUACUCCGCUUUGACGGCAGACUGCCUGCACAGGUACAAACUUAUGCGUGGUUUCAGGUCAAAAUUCUCCACAGGUACUGAUGAGCAUGGACUAAAAAUCCAGCAAGCAGCUGAUGUUGCUGGGAAGGAACCACUGGUAUUCUGUGCAGAGGUGUCAAGUAAGUUCCAGCAACUGUUCCAAAGGUGCAAUAUCUCCUACACGGACUACAUCAGAACCACAGAGGCCAGACAUCGCCGCGCCGUCGAGCAUUUCUGGACGAUGCUUCAGAACAAGGGCUUCAUCUACAAAGGUAGCUACGAAGGCUGGUAUUCUACGCAGGAUGAGAGUUUUCUCACGCCGUCACAGGUGGAAGACAGUACCGACUGCAAAGGGACAUCCAUCAAAAUAUCCGCUGAAAGUGGUCAUAAGGUGGAGUGGAUGAAGGAGGACAAUUACAUGUUCCGCCUCUCUGCAUUCCGGUCACUUCUCCAGCAGUGGCUGGAGGAGAACCCCAAAGCGGUGCAGCCAGAGCGCUUCCACCGUAGGGUUCUGCAGUGGCUGCAGGAUGACCUUCCCGACCUCUCCGUGUCUCGCCAGCGGAGCCGUCUCCAGUGGGGCAUCCCUGUCCCUGGAGACGCAGAGCAGACCAUCUACGUGUGGCUGGACGCCUUGGUCAACUAUCUGACAGUAGCAGGAUAUCCAGAGAGCCACUGUGAGUGGUGGAGCGCAGCUCACCACGUGGUGGGCAAAGAUAUCCUUAAGUUUCAUGCCAUUUAUUGGCCUGCGUUCCUCCUUGCAGCUGGGCUGCCCCUCCCAAAGGCUAUAUAUGUGCACUCACAUUGGACAGUUGAGGGGCAGAAGAUGUCAAAGAGCCUAGGAAAUGUAGUGGACCCUGUGGAGAGGUCAGAGAGAUUCACAGUAGAUGGCAUUAGGUACUUCCUUCUCAGGCAGGGGGUCCCAGACUCGGACGGUGACUAUUACGACGAUAAAAUUAUCAAGUUGCUCAACAACGAACUGGCCGGUUCUCUGGGUGGGCUUUUGAACCGAUGCACUGCUCUCUCCCUGAAUCCAGCCCAGGUGUAUCCUAGCUUCUGCAAUACGUGCUUCCCAAGAGAGCCAGCAGGGGGCAGCAUAGGAGUAAAAGUAAUGCAGGAGGAUUACAAGAUGCUGGAGGCUGUGUCCAGCCUGCCAGCGGUGAUGGAGCAGCAUUUUGAGAACCUGCAGAUUUACAAAGCACUGGAGGCCAUCGCAGGGUGCGUACGACAAACUAACGGAUUUAUGCAGAGACACGCCCCAUGGAAACUGGAUCGCAGAGACUCCCAGGACCAGCGGUGGCUAGACACCAUUUUACACGUCUCCCUGGAGUGCCUGCGGAUCUACGGCACCCUUCUGCAACCCGUGGUUCCUGCAACAGCUGAGAAGCUCCUCUCCAGACUGGGCGUGGGGCCUGAGGAGAGAAGCUGGGAGAUCCUGAACUUCCUGGCCCGCUACCAUGGAAGGGAAUGCCCCUUUGAGGGCAGACGGCUGGGUCCAGACACAGGGGUGCUGUUCAGUAGGUUGGAUAGGCCUGAGACUGACCAAGGCAAACUGAAGAGGACUAAGAAAGACAGGUCACUGAAGCCACUAUAAAAUGUGUUUUGAAGUACUGAUUUGGGAAUAGAUUUUUAAAUGCAUUCAGGAAAAAAUUGUACUGUUAGAGGUUUUCAGCAAAAUUACUCUUUGAAUUUCAGGUUGAUGGCCACAUGGUGGCAGCCAGCCAGUGCUAACUGACUCCAAGACUCUAAGUUAUAUUACAAAUAGUCCCCUCUUAAAAAAAAAAAAUUAAAAAAAAUUAAAAUCACACUGGUCUCUCA